AUGGUGGUGCAGCAGUUGGAGAACAGGGUACUCCCUCAAUACCUCCCCAACAUCCAAUUAUAUAGGAGGUAUAUAGAUGACAUCAUCGUUUUUUGGAAAACAACAACAGAUGAGGCAACCUUUGUUGAUUCUUUUAACAAUAACCCAUACGGGCUAACACUAGAAGUAGAGCAAUCGAGCCCAUCGGAAGUGCACUUUCUGGAUAUAGGCAUCAACACUUUGGUAUAUCAUAAACCUGGAUCCACAUCAUCCUACAUUCCUGCCGUAUCCUGUGAUCCGAACACAUAUAAGUCUGCAGCCUUUAAAGCAUUAAUCAGAAGAGCCUUUACACAUUCGUCUAACAUCCAGGCUUGGGAUACCGAACUAGCAUACAUACUCCGUGUAGCCGCCCAACAUGGAAAACGCACAGGAAUUGGAACAAUUCAAGGACAGAGAUCCGGAGAGGACAUAGAACAAAUUGCCAUCACAUACAAUACAUACUUAAAAUCUUAUACACUAAGGUUGCCAGCAAACAGCAGAUAUGUCUCACUUUUAGGAGGUGUCCUAUUAUUUUCAACAUCUUACGUAAUGGAAGGGACCUCUAACCCCAUCAGACGCCCUGGAAUCUAUAGUAUCCCUUUGAAGGAUAACAGGUCUGAUAGAAACCUGAUAUAUAUAGACUCCACUAAACGAUCUUUGGGCGUCAGAAUACAAGAGCAUCUAGCUGAUAUUCAACACAGAAGAACUUCCACGACCCUCGCUACAUAUGUAGCCGAUCAUGAUAUAGUAGCGAACUUCUCCCAGGCCAUUCUCCUCCACGAUUUGCCUCCCAUUGAACACCUCAAAUGGUUGGAAGCUAUGCACAUAUUUAGAUCCUCCACCUCCAACAUGUGCAUAAAUUUUAAAGAGGAGAUACUGUUGUCGUUGGCCUGGCAAGAGUUAAUUCACAACAUGAUCUAA